AUGGAAAAGUGGUUGAAACGGAUAGCAAAAACUACGUCGCCGCCGCCGGUUGAUUGUGAUGAAAAGACAGAAGAUGUUCUUAUAAAUGACAAAAGUGGCACUGAGGCUGACUUCCAAGCUCCCUCAACGAAUUCGCAUGAAUCGAAACGACGGAAAGUUAAAAUUAUGAAAAUGCUUUACAUGUUGUUUUUUCUUUGGCAUCUUGCGCAAAGUUCUCAGCAUGGUGGCUUGACAGUUUUAUGCCAGCCAAACGUCCAAAAGACAGAAGUGAACAGAACUGUUCGUCUUUGCUGUCAUAUGAAGAAGGAAAGUAGUUCCGAAGUAACUUGGAUUCGAUGGGUGAAAGAUGACAUCUUACUUAUAAAUGAGUGGAUUAUUCAUGAAGAAAAGAAUCCAGAGCACACUUUGCGCUUUAGACAAAGUGCAGAAAAUGACAAAUUUUGCCUAGAGAUUGCAAAUGUUCAAAAAUCAGAUUCUGGGAUAUACGUUUGUACAGUCUUCAGUGACUGGCAUCAAGAAACUGGAGCAAUCAACCUCAAAGUAACAGAAUCUCUUGUGCUACAUGACCGUAAUGGCUGCAGAGCUCGUGGUAAAUCAAUCCCCUUUCUUACCUCCCUCUUAGAGUACAAUAAAUGCAGUUUGUACCAGUAUGUGAAUUCUUUGCCAAAGUCAUCCUUCUUACUACACCAUUGA